UCAGUUUGAAUUUUCCAAUGUGAGGGUCGCUCAGUUUGAAUUUCGCACACGGGUCGGACGGACACGGAUGAGCUUAGUUUAGCGGAUUCUCGGUGACACGCUCCGAUGGGCAGCUCGCAUUUUUCGGAGACGAUGACGCAGUGCGUCUUCCUCGUUGUCGUAUCGCUGAUUUUGUCACACGUGCGGGCAGCUGGCGAUGCGAUGUCUUCCGCCAACGAAUCAAUAUCGUUGCCAACGGCUUGCGUCAUUCGGGCAACGGUCUAUAUGACAUCUGCAACGGAAAGGAGUCAAAACGAUUUUGGGCUGCCUUUGGCAAUAGAUUGCAGUGAAAACAGUACCAGGGAGUUGAAUUACUUCGAUUUGGGCGCCCAAAGAGUGGCCGGAAAGAGGCAUGUUUCGCUGGAUGGUUAUCGAACACCUCCCUUGGGUAUAUUUAGUUAUGGCUUGGAGUACCUGGACAAUUGUGUGGAUCUGGAAAGUCUCGAGAUCCAGCGCUUUGUGGGCGAUGCCACCCUGAAGCUUAGCUGCGCAGGAGCGCUGAUCCCCAACCUCACUGCAGUAUCUUUCAGAUACAACGAAUUGGGCACAUUGAGUGGAGAUACUUUCCAGGACUUGCCGCAUCUUAAGACGCUCCACUUGCAGCACAACUCAUUGAGGUACCUAGAGUACUUUGGCAGUGCUGACAUGGAAGAACUUAUAAUACAGGACGAACAGGAUUUGGUGCUGCAGGAUAGUGGAAUUCUAAUGCAGCUGCAGGAGCUGAAAAAGCUUAGCUUGCGAAAUAUAGAAAAGAUUAAGGACGCAUUUUUAAUAUUCUUACCAGAAAAUUUAACUGAUCUGAUAAUCGAGGAUACGCCCAUCCAACCAGGAGUUCUGCACUUGACUGAAGGCAUAGCGAAGCUGGUUAACGUGUCCAUUACGAAUUGCCAGCUGAAAGAAUUUGCUUUGCAACCAGCACACAAUUUGGACAUUAUUUAUCUAAAUCUAAGUGGCAAUGCCAUAUCCUCGUUGAACAUUAGCUUUUAUGAUGGGCCAAGCACCCUGUUGACCUUGGAUUUGAGCCGAAAUAAGUUGGAGCACUUGAACUUCACCUGGUUUUAUAGGACCACCAGUCUUCGUAGUCUCCACCUGCAGCAAAACCACUUCCAUUCAUUGUCCCUCUUCCAAUUGGGCUUGAUUUCCCCAGCAAGCAUUCACCACAUAGACCUGAGAUCCAACGAAUUGAUGAGCUUCCGGGAAACAGAAAAGGCUGACUUACCGUACUGGAACCCACAGCUUCGAAUUUCCAUCGAUGGCAAUCCUUGGAGCUGCCAGUGGAUGCUGAAUUUCUCGCACAUGCAACCUCAACUCUUCCGCCUGUUCCAGUACUCCAAGUAUAUAUCCCACAUCAAUAUAAAUGGCCUAAGCUGUUUACCUCAGGAACCGCCUACGGAAGAACCGCCCAAGGUGCGUAGAAUCAUGCACGUGAGGACCAAUGGUACAGAUUCCUCGAUUCCCGUGCCACAUCCGCACGGAAAUGUUUCCAGUUUUACUGUCCUGUACGGUAACCCCGUAGAACUGCACCGAAGUCAGCGAUCCUUAGCGCUGAUAAUCGUGUUUAUGUUGCCUCUGGGUAUCGCGUUCCUCUUCCUGUUGCUAUAUCUAUACCUGCAUUGCGAGAGACUCUUCCACUUGUCCUAUUACGCGUCGGGAUUGCCCUGUUUUGGUGGCGAAAAAUCAUCCGGCGGGCCCAGAUUUGUGGACCACGUGGAUAUAGUGCGCUAUCCCAUUGCUAAUGGCGGUUCCUGUACCCCAGUGGACUUGGAAACCGAAUUGCCGGAUGGAUACGAGACUCCCGUGAGUGGAGGUACCUCGAUUUGCAAUUGCACGGGUCACAGAGAAUCCACCUGCUCGAGGACCCAUCAUGUCACCUACGAGUCCCUACCAGCUGAGCUGCCCUAUCAACUUUACGCAGAGAUCAAGGAGCAGGCGGAUGAGAACGUGGAUGCGGAUGAGGUGCCUACCGCGACUCCCUGCCCUACGGGCCCCAUCUACGAUCAUCUGUCGUUUGUGGAGGAGGUGCCGAAACUGGACGAACUGAGAGAUGCUUCCUAGUUGUCCUUAAAUACUUCAAUAGAGAACACAUUGGCAUUCGUGGGUCAACAAGAAGGAUCGUACUUAAGUA